UCUUAUUUCCAAAACUUGGGAUUCCCCGGUCUUUUUCCGCAACACUGAUCGAUUCAAACCCCCAUUUCAAGUUGUUUUGGCCAAUUACGAUUUCCUUGGCGCCAUCUAGCCCUCUGCAAAACCCGUACCACCCGGUACCAACCCACCUUGACAUAAUUCACUCACCCUGACCUAUUAUUGAUCACAACUGUUUUGAAAUGGGUGCAAAAGUGUGCAAACCGUGUAAAAAGCGCAAAGCCAACACCUUCCAAGGGGGCUCCAUCCUCGACCGGGUCAUCAGCCAAGCCUCAAACCAAGACCAGUGCCUCCUUUACAAAUUAGCAAAUUACAAGAAAGGCGGCGAACUGAUCGACGCGUACAACCAAGGGGGCCAAGCCGAGGUGGAAAAAUUAAUACGCGAGCAAUUCGGCCAGUUGAUGUACCAGGAAGGCAAAGGCCAGAUAAUCAACCGCUCGGAGUAUCUCAGGUGGAAAUUUCGCGACCACGAGCAGGUCAUUCUCCCAAUCGAGGCCUCCUUGAGCCGAUACGACCCCCUGGCCAAGUGGAACGACCACGAGGCGUGCUGGCAGAUGCAGUUCAGGGGGUCUUUAGGCGAGUCUUUGCUGCACGUCCUCAUAAUUUGCGACACGAAAAUUCACACAAGACUGGCGCGGACUCUGAUCAAGUGUUUCCCGAAGCUGGCCCUCGACGUUGUCGAGGGCGAGGAGUAUCUAGGGGCGAGUGCUUUGCACCUAGCGAUCGCUUACAACAACAAUGAGCUAGUCCAGGACUUGGUCGAAGCUGGUGCUAACGUGAACCAGCGCGCCAUUGGGAGCUUUUUCCUCCCGAGGGACCAACAACGCCAAAAACCCGCAAAACACACCGACUACGAGGGGCUCGCCUACUUGGGGGAAUACCCUCUGGCCUGGGCCGCGUGUUGCGCCAACGAAAGCGUCUACAAUCUGUUGCUGGACAGUGGGGCGCACCCCGACUAUCAGGACAAUUUUGGAAACAUGAUCUUGCACAUGGUGGUGGUUUGCGACAAGUUGGACAUGUUCGGCUACGCCUUGAGACACCCGAAACUACCGGCAAGCAACGGAAUUGUGAAUAAAGCAGGUCUAACUCCCCUAACGCUGGCUUGUAAGCUGGGUCGGGCUGAGGUUUUCCGCGAAAUGUUGGAGCUUUCAGCCAAGGAGUUUUGGAGGUAUAGUAACAUCACCUGCUCGGCGUAUUUUUUGAACGCUUUGGAUACGCUGCUACCGGACGGGCGCACAAACUGGAAUUCGGCCCUUUUCAUUAUUUUAAACGGAACCAAGGAAGAGCAUUUAGCCAUGCUUGACGGUGGGAUUAUCCAACGACUGUUGGAGGAAAAAUGGAAAACAUUCGCACGGAACCAAUUUUUGAAACGGCUUCUUAUCCUCGUUGUGCAUUUGUUGUUUCUGUCUUUGGCGGUUUACUUGCGACCAGACGACCCAGACGAGUCUCUUCUCACCUGGUCUGAUGAUGUUACACUGAUAGCUAGAUAUGUGUGUGAAGUGGGCACGAUUUUGGGCGUCCUCAGUUAUCUGGUUUUGCAACAAGGGGACGAAAUCCGUAAUCAGGGACUUACUGCGUUCUUGAAACAACAACUGAAUUCACCCCCGAAAUUAAUUUUCCUCAUUUCGAAUUUCCUAAUUUUGGCGUGCAUUCCAUGCAGGUUGUAUGGCGAUAAGGAAACCGAGGAGGCUAUUCUGUGUUUUGCGGUACCUGGGUCUUGGUUUCUUCUCAUGUUUUUUGCAGGGUACAGCUUUCUGUAUUACCGACUUUCUUUGAUUUGUAGUUUUAGGGCCGUUCGUUUGACUGGUCCUUUUGUCACAAUGAUUUACAGCAUGAUUACCGGCGAUAUGUUGACUUUUGGCAUCAUUUACACCGUUUUCUUAUUUGGUUUUUCGCAGUCGUUCUAUUUCCUGUAUAAGGGAUUCCCCGGGGUCAAAACUUCCUUAUACAACACGUACAUGUCGACUUGGAUGGCCUUAUUCCAAAUUACUUUGGGCAAUUAUGAAUAUUCUGAGUUGAGUGCCACCACAUACCCAGCGGUCAGCAAAACAGUCUUUGCCAUCUUCAUGGUGUUCGUCCCAAUUUUGCUGCUCAACAUGUUAAUCGCCAUGAUGGGCAACACUUACGCCCAUGUAAUCGAGCAAAGCGAGAAAGAAUGGGUCAAACAAUGGGCAAAAAUCGUCAUCGCCCUGGAACGGGCAAUCCCACAAUCCGACGCCCAACAUUACUUACAAGAGUACAGUAUUUCGCUGGGGCCCAGUGAACAGGACCCCAGUACCGAAAAACGCGGAGUUUUGGUCAUAAAAUCAAAGAGUAAAACGCGGGCAAAACAACGAAAAGGGGCCGUGGCCAAUUGGAAGCGGGUGGGCAAAGUAACGAUAAACGCGCUCAAAAAACGCGGCUUAACCGGUGAAGAAAUGCGCUGCUUGAUGUGGGGCCGCGAGUCUAUUAAUACACCGGUCAAAACAAAGAAGCCUGUGAAGGACCCACUGCUGGACCCGCAAGGGCCGAAUUUAACGGGUGGCUUCGGCGAUGCUUUAACCACUGCUUUGGAUGUGAUGACGUUCACGCACGAUUUGGAUAUUGUGGGGGCUUCCCAGGGCCUGAAUUUGGCCACGAACCCUAAACCCGUCCCUCCCACAACAACAGCGAGUGCCGUGACUGUGAAUAACCAGAUAAAUUCGGCUCUGAACGCGCAGCAAAAGGCCGUAGCUGGGGCUGGAGUUGGUGCUUUGGCUAUGAUAGGCACAGUGACCCAACUCACCGACUCUCAAGGCUACAUUAUGCAAAACAGUGUGAAAAAAGAAGAAAAAAUUGUCGCAACUUUGGAGGACCCUUUCAGGGAACUUGUCAUAAACGCUAAUGACAGUAACUGCGACCCGGAAAAAUUAAAAAUGCUUGCGCUAUCGGCCGCCAAUUUGAAAGACGUUGAAGAGUUAUCGGUGGCCAAGCCACAAACGAAAAGUGUUAAGAGUCUAGCGGGGAUUUUCGCCGGGACUGAGACUUUUGUGAGGAAAGUUGAAGAAACAAUAAAGAAGAAAUAUGCGGCUUUGGAUCCAAGUGAUAGUGAAGGUUUUGGCGAACCUCCACUAUUAGGGAAAAUAUCCAGGACUAGAAGGGCCAAAUCGGCAAACUUGCGCAACUCUUCAGCGCGAUCUAAAGCUUCAGAUAAGAAAAAACUGGUCGCGGGGUCACAGUCAAGCUCCACUGAUACGGUCAAUAACGAAAUUAAUGAAAAGAAUAUCGAAAAUUCUGACUUAGACUAUGCCGAAGAGAGGAUCAAGCUGGUGAAAGAGUCGUUAAAGCAGGUGGUUGACGUUGCGCAAAUUCGGCCGAUUAACAUCGAUGUGGCCCUCGAGGAGCAAGUGUCGGUCACAAUUUCGGAAACGAUGCGAGUGCAGGGCUCCGGGGACGGGGCCGAAGUCCAGUCAUCCAACGUCAAACCAAAGCGCAAAAAACGGAGCAAAACAGCCAAAAACAACAAGGUUGCGCCCGCGGUUGAACCGAGACCUUGUCGGUCAGCUAACGACCACUUCGAUUCCGACGAUUCUGAAUCACCUGACCCUUUAGAACCUUGGAGUACAAAAAAAAUCGCAAAUAUGAACAAAAUUCUAGCUUGGGAGAACGACCAAGACAGCAUGUAA